AAAAAACAGUCUCCUCUCGUUAUCACUAAAAUCCUCCCGUCUGUCAUGUCAAAACAUCAAAAUCGAGGUAUUAAAAAAAUCACAAAUCUAUUUAUUUUCUUCGCCAUCGCCGUGGAUAGCCAUCAAUUUAAAACCAUAUUAAAACAAAUUAUUUGUUGCAAUUUGAUGUUUGUAAUGUUUAUUAUCAACAUCAUUUAACUUCCUCCACAAAAAUCGUUUGUUUUUACAAAAUAUAACAAAUAAUAAACUUACAUCAUGAGCGAAUGGAAAAUGCAACGUGAUGAAGUUGAAAAACUAAUAAGUUACUACAAAAGGUACAAGUGUUUAUGGGAUUUCAGAAGCAACGAAUAUAAACGAUACGACUUAAAAAAGUAUGCUUGGCAGAAACUAGGAAAGCUUUUUGGCAAAGAAGCUAGCGAAGUCAAAAGAAAAAUUAAAUAUCUACGCAGCGCCUAUGUUGCUGAGAAGAAAAAAGUUGACGAUUCCUAUGGAACCAGCCGAAUAUACAGACCCAACUUAUUUUAUUAUGAUGAUUUGAAUUUCCUUGAUUCAAUAAUUGUCUGCAGGAAAGGACCACGAUUUGAAAGUUUUGAAAACUCUUCUGAUCCCAUCGGCGGCGGCAGCGAGUGCAAAGAACAACCCCUUGAGAAUACAUUAAAAGUGCAAUAUGUGGGCAUAGAGGAUGAAGUAUUUGCAUCAGCUUCGCCUUCACCACCUCCAUCGCCUCCCAAGAAGCCAGCUGAUUCGCGUUUAAAGGUGAAAAAUCAAUCGAACAGACUAGCGCCAUAUUAUUCAAAGUUGGAUGCUGCAGUUACUAAACUUGCAGAGGUAUCAAAAUCUACCACCGAAGACUCAAUAUACACAGCUUUUGGUAAAACGAUAGCGUUGCAAUUGAGCCAGCUUCCACCUUUGGAUGCAACGGCUACCAUGUCCGAGAUUUAUCAGUCGUUAUCGAAGAAUAUUAUUAAGGCGAUGCUAUCGAAAAACAGACAUUCUGCGGAGACAAAAGAGAGAAGUUUGGAUAUGGAAACAGAAAAUUAUCCAUGUUAGUAGAAUUAGUUAAAUCAAGGAGUUUUCGUGUAUGUAUUAUUAUUGUUUUUGAAAACUAAUAUUUGCAAUAGUUUUUAAUAAAAUUGUGAGUGUGAUAAAAAUAUAGUAAACUGUGUUUGACUUUUAU